AGUAAUAGUCUAAGUGUGCACGAUUGAUUCGAUAUUUCAGUCGUUAUCGGUACUGAUGAGUCAUUCUCACUGUAAAGUCGUGCAUUACCAGUUAAUUAACCGUCCACAAUGUCGCUAUAAGAGUCAGUAAAAAGACAACUUAGAUUCGUAUUAUAUUUCGUUAAUUAAGCCGCUUAUGCCUUCAAUUUCAAUUUUAUGAACAAGAAAAUAAAUUAUAUUUACGAGAUUAUUCUUCAAUAACACGAUUUUUUCAUAGUUUUUCGUUGAUAACAAUUGAUUGAUUUGCGUAAACGCGCCGUAAUUGUUUGUUCGAAUUUCGUUUUUAAUCAAUGACAAUGAUAACAAAUUAAAAUUAUUAUUGUAAAUGUAUUAAAGGCGUGAACGUUUAAACACUACUAAACCAAUGGAACUACAACGGCAAUUCAGUUAAUCCUCAUCUGAUUAAAUAAAGAUAAUCUUUUGUUGGACGGCCGCCGGUGAACACUUUGUAAACAGACAGACAGUGGUAAUGAUUUACACAACAUUGCGUCGCGAUAACACAUCGACUUGCUCUUACUCUUAAUAGCCACUGCGUAAGACACAAGUAGACACAAAUCGUAAUUUCAUAUGCUGAGACCUAUUAUUUACUACGGUCAUUCGGCAAGUUGUCGCGGUGCGGUGCACACGUGUCAAUACCUCCGAACUCUCGUAUCGUGUCAGGAGUGAAAGUGAGUGCGUAGUGGUGAAGUGCGCGGAUGAGUUUGCGGUAGCGUUGCUGGGCGUUAUGGAGAGUGCGGUGCAUGCGGCGGUGCCACUGCGGGUGGGCAAGAAGAUGAGGAAGAGGCGGGAGCUUGACGCGCUGGUGGGCGGCGGGGGCUCGCGCGGCGGCCGGCUGCUGUCCGCGUCCAGCGACGAGGGCGAGCCUUGGGGCCGGCGCGCCGCCCGCCGCCGCCGCUCGCGCCCCUUCGUGCGUCUGGCUGCAGCCCUAGCUUUCUGUGUCUGCGUCGUGUCAGCUGCCACCGUCCUCUGGCUCUUCGUUGACGUACGGCGACAGAUUGCCUCACUACGAGUUGAAAUGGAUAGAGUAUCAAGAAGCAGCAACAGCGUCGACGACGCAUUACAAGUGUGCCACACAGCGGCGAAGGAGCUGCGCGCCAACGCCAGCGACCUGAGCGCUCGCCUCGCGAAACUGGAACAGGAGCAUUUGGAACUGGAGAAGAGGGUCGAGGCGGCCGCCAAGGAGCUGUCCGGGGUGUCGGAGCAACUGUCCGCCGCGCCCAAGCUCGCUGACACGCCGAGACGACUCGCCGAGUUGCAGAGGACAGUCGCCACGUUUGGCUCACAGAUAAACGGUUUCGACAGUACAAUAAGUUCGAGCCACAAGCAGGCCUUAGCAGCGGUAGCCGGUGUCGACGAAGUACGGACACUGCUGCAUCAGCUCGAAGCCAAAACCAACGAGACGAUUGCGAACGUCUCGGCAAACACGAAGAGGGACGAGGACAUACGAACCGAUAUCGUCAGCCUCAACAACACGCUCACGGCUAAAGUUGAAACGCUGCAGAACAGGAUACAGGAAAUUAGUAAGCCUGUAAGUACGGCGGCGCCGACGCAGCCGCCGGUGGUGACGGCGGCCAGCGCGCCUCCCGCCACCAACGUUACUACCAGCAGCCUCACCACUGCGGUACCGCCAGGUAAACCAGCUGUGCUGCAAUGAGGGACCGCCAACCGUCCUCCCAACUCGUGCACCGGCGUCGGAUGACGAGAGAAGAAACGCUCAGUCUUGAUCUCAGAUCACGUCCACAAGACAAUUAUACACGUAGACGUUACACAGAGAUUGUAGAGAACGAAUACCCUCCAAGUAUGUUAGUGGUAGUGCGGUGACGGCGGCGCGGGCCAGCUCAGCUAGCCCCACUCACUCAGUAUUCUAAUAAUUUCCCUUUACAAACCUUGUAAAUAAUCUCUUUCAUUUAUGUACAUUCAUAUAUUUUAAUACUUAGACUUUUACUCGUUUACAUCGAGAGCACAAUUCGAUACGGUUAAUCGAUAACAAUCGAUUGUAAUCGAAUCGAUAAGUUUAAUUUUCACGAGGUAGCUUUGUUUGUUUUGUGAUUGUCUUAGUCUCGGCUAAGUGAGGAGUCAAUGCAAUAUCGUCGAGUGAGAUCGUUUCGAUACAAUGUAAAUAUUUAAUUGUAAUUGAUAGUUUUAUGGACCGCAGUUAGUUAUGCGGUAACAGAACGCGGGCGCACUGUGUGUUAUGAUGUUGUCAAUACGAGUGUGAGUUUUAUUACUUGUAAUAAAUUAUUGUUAAUAGAUCAGUUAUUAUUAUA